AGUCAGUCACCCUGAGCCUUCUUCCCACUUCUUUUAAAUUUUGAAAUAAACCCCCAAACCCUCCAUAAGCGCGCUUAAGCUCAGAUCUUUAAAUACUCUCUCUCUCUCUCUCUCUCUCUCCAGCCUCUGUUCUUUCAAAGCCAGGUUAUUCCUCCAAGCCCACAUUCAAUUUUGCAACUUGAAUGGAUUCUCUCCCGGAUGCCAUUGUUCAACAAAUCUUAUCGCACAUCAACAAUGCCAGGGAUGUGGUAGCUUGCAACUCUGUAUCUAAGCGGUGGAAAGACUCAAUGCCUUAUAUUCGCAGCCUUUACUUCCCGCGGAACUCGUUUGACAAUCAUACUGGCACGGACAAGCCUGACAACAUUGUGUGGAAGAUGAUAUCAUCAAUUGUUCAACUAGAGGAGCUUGUCGUGUAUAGCCCAUUUUCUGGUGCUGGCCUUGCUUCGUGGCUUUCACUUGUAGGUCCAUCCCUCCGGCAUCUUGAGCUUCGAAUGGAUAACCUUGUUGAAAAUCCUACCUGUAAUGAGAGCCCCUCAAAACUGAGUUGCAUUGGCGCUGCAAAGAAUUUGGAAUCACUAAAACUUUGGGGAGUGUUAAUGACCCAUUCUCCCAAGUGGGAUGUCUACCAAAACCUUUGGAACCUUGAAAUUGUUGGUGCAAGAAUGGAGGAUCCUGCAUUAACUGAUGCAAUUCAUGCAUGUCCCAAUCUGACCAACUUGUUGCUGCUUGGCUGCGAAGGGGUUAGGUCAGUCUCGAUUGACCUGCCACAUUUGCGGCAGUGUAAGCUGGAUUUUUAUGGCGUGGGUAACUGCUCGCUUUCUCUCACAUCCCCCAAAAUUGAAGUUCUUGAGGUUCAAGGUUGUAGUUGGAUCAGGGUUCGUGAGACAAACCACUUGAAGAAUCUUUCAAUUGCAAAUAAUGCGGGGAGAGUCUACAUGGUGGACUUCGGAAAACUUGAGGCUCUUGAGUUCUUGUCCAUCAGGGGAGUCCAGUGGUGUUGGGAUGCCAUAGUCAAUAUGCUUAAAUGGGCAAGCGAGGUGAAGCAUCUCUACAUGAAGAUCGAAUUCACUGGGGAUUUUGAGGCCCUUCAGCCCUUUCCAGAGAUUGACUUCGUCGAAUUUUUUAACGGUCACCCCAAACUGCAGAAGUUUGACGUCCACGGUGCCAUGUUUGCUGCUCUUUGCCAGAAGAACAGCCUGAAAUAUGCUGAUUCAGGAUUUGUAAUUCCAUGUCUGGAGGAGGUGGUGGUCACGGUGCGAUCACCACUAAAUGCUGAGCAGAAAAUGAGUACUCUUGAAUCCUUCUUGAAGUAUGGGAAGAAUUUGAAGACGCUGGUACUAAAAAUUCUGCAGAUGAAGAGCAGUCAUAGCAGUGCAGAUGAUUUCUUUGAUGAGAUCUGCAGGUUUACAUACAUGAACCGCAAGAUAGUUCGAAUACAAUAAAAUUUGUUGGGGUCCAUUCUUCUCUAAUUUCCGCAUUUUAACUCAGAUGACAAGAACUUGCUCUCUGAUUACUUCUUGACUUCUGAUCUAAUUAGAACUUUGAUCAUUCUUUAACAAUUUAAUUCAUAGCGUUGGUUGUUUACUUA